GCAGAUCUGUGGAGACAAAUACUAACGGGCGGUGCAAAACCCGAUUCCAUCAUCAUCAUCAUCAUCACCAUCAUUACACUGGACCUGCAGAGAUCAAACCAGCAUCGGCCAUUGAUUGCACAUCACCACUGGCUUCAGCGUCGAGAUACCAGAUCUGCAGAUGGCAGGGAUCGUGGCGUGGUUCUGGAACGAGCGGUUCUGGCUUCCUCACAACGUAACCUGGGCUGACUUGAAAAAUACAGACGAGUCAACCUUUCCGCAAGCCGAGGACCUGUAUCUGGCGUGUCCUUUAGCGUUCUGCAUGUUCAUGAUCAGGCUGGUCUUCGAGAGGUUUAUUGCCAAGCCAUGUGCACUUGGUUUGAAAAUCCAGGCCAGUGGACCGCAGAAGGCUCAACCCAACGCCAUUCUGGAGAAGGUCUUCACUGCCAUCACCAAGCACCCUGAUGAGAAGAGGUUAGAAGGCUUGUCCAAGCAGUUGGACUGGGACGUCAGGACGAUCCAACGCUGGUUCAGGCAGCGACGCAACCAGGAGAAACCCAGCACGCUGGCACGCUUCUGUGAGAGCAUGUGGAGAUUCACAUUUUACCUGUACAUAUUUACUUAUGGUGUACGGUUCCUGAAAAAGACUCCAUGGCUUUGGAACACCAGAGAGUGCUGGUACAACUACCCCUAUCAGCCAUUAACGGUGGAUUUACACUACUACUACAUAUUGGAGCUCUCCUUCUACCUGUCCCUGUUCUUCUCGCAGUUCACAGACAUCAGAAGAAAGGACUUCCUGCUCAUGUUGCUACAUCAUGUGGCAACGAUCUCUCUGAUAACCUUCUCAUAUGUGAAUAACAUGGCUCGAGUGGGAACGCUCAUCAUGUGUCUGCAUGAUGCUGCUGAUGUUCUCCUGGAGGCUGCUAAAAUGGCCAACUAUGCCAAGUGCCAGAGACUGUGCAACAUUCUGUUCAUCAUGUUUGCUCUGGUGUUCAUCAGUUCCAGAUUGGGAGUAUAUCCUGUGUGGGUUUUAAAUAGCACUCUGUUUGAGAGCUGGGAGAUUGUGGGGCCGUAUCCAUCCUGGUGGGUCUUUAACCUGCUCCUCGUACUGCUGCAGGCCCUGCACACCUUCUGGUCUUAUCUCAUAGUACGCAUCACCUGCAGAGCCAUUUCCAGAGGCAAGGCGGGAAAAUGGAAUCCUUUACAUGUGUCAAAGGAUGACCGCAGUGACAUUGAGUCCAGCUCUGAUGAAGAUGAGGUUGUGCCUUCCUCUCAGAAACACCACACUAACGGGACCAACGGGGCCCACGGCACCAACGGAUACCUGUCCUUGUCCCCUUGUCCAGAUGAACAUUAACUAUCCAGCUGUGGACAUUUCACUGGGUCCCAGACUGCAGAUGGAACCUGCAUCACACUCUGUUGUGUCAAAACAUGAACAUUACCAGUUCAGUUCUGGAAAUUCUCAAUAAUGUGAAUGCGGUUCUGUUUUGGUUGUUGGCUUUCGCUUGAUCCCCCCAGAUGUUUUCCCCUUUAUGUUUUGUUUGUUUGUUCAUUUGCUUUUGUUUUGUGGGUUGUUUAUUCUGCAGAAAUCAUUGGCAAUCAGUUAUCACAGCACCUUUUAGAUUCAAGCGCAGCUGGCUGUUUGAUUUUUAGCACAGUGGUUCUCAACUGGUGGGUCUGUUCUGAUUGGGUUGCGGAGAGCAGGGGGGAAAACCAAUGCCAAAUGCAAAUAAUAACAUGCAACUAUUCAUAGUUAUCAUAGUUAGGAUGGCAAAGUAAUAAAUAGGCUUACAGUAUAAACUAUUAAAAUGGAAGAGAAAUAUAUUUCGUCUGUUACUAUAGACUGUGCUUUACUGUAGACUGCGUAAUCUGCGUAUAGGGAGCUGCGGAACUGCAACUCGAACAUAUCGUAAAUGGGUCAUUCCUACAAUUCGGUGACAUUCCGGCUUUGAAACUUUUGCAAAAUUAAACACUUUUACAAGUUUCUUCAUGUUUCAUCAUUACAGGACAUAUUAAAGAUUGUAUUAGUCAUACUGGUCAAGCUAAAUUACUAAAAAAUUCAGAUGUCCAUCCAGUUAAAUGGGCAGCAUCAGGGUGGACAAUAACAGGGUGGACAUUCAGUGGAUAAAUGAGCCACUACAUGGUCUGUGAUUGAAUUCUAGGAAACAUAUUUGUUAACUAAUAUUUAUGAUUUUAUUUCUGUUAACAUAAAUACUUUAUAUUGACAUUUUUUAAUUAUAGUAAUUUCUCCAUAUAUCUUCCCAUAAUAGGGUGGACAUGUUAUGCUUGACCACAUAUGACUAACACCACAAAAUAAAGAAAAACAAAUAAAACAAUAGAGUAAUAGAUGUCAAAUAACUCAGUAAUUUAACUAAGUAAUUUUGCAGAAUGGCUGAUGUCCACCUCCAGUGUAUGUGAUGUCAUUUCCUAACAUAUAUCUUCAACGAAAGGUAAUGGUAUCAUGACAUAACAGGGUGCGCAAUAAAUCAAGGGACACAAAAAACCUCCUAUCAGUGUUAAAAUGACACACUUACUACAAAUGAAUACAUGUUAAUGAGAGAAUGUAACACUAAACUCUUAACUGUAUGUGGGGAAACAGAUAGAAAUCCAAUGAUUUAGCAUUUAUAUCUGUCAAAGAUGUUUGACGUGCAGUUUUUGGGACAUGAGGAAGCGACACAGUGCAAUAGAAAAGGAUUUCAGUUGUUUAAAAAGUUUAUUCUUUUUAACAAGCCUAUCAAAAUUGUAAUCGGGUGAAAUUAAACAAUAUAAAUACCACACACACUUGUAAUGGGGACUUAAAUGAUACAGAAUUGUAGGAAUGACCCAUAUUCACAGGCGUUCCUGCGCGAGAUGCUGCUAAACUUUGAAAAACUGCGCAGACGGAAGCAAAAACGCGUUUAGUGUGAACGUCCCCUACUAAACUUACAAUGAAAAACACUUUAAUACAACGACCAGGAAGAAGUGAGAAAGAGAGAGAAAAGGCUUAACAUGAAAAUAGUGUAUUUCUCAUUGGAUUAGUGUCAUUGUUUUGGCAGUAAAUAGUGUUUAUCUUGAGGGAAAUGUAAGAAAAUCAUGUUGUGUUUUAGCUAAAACUGUACUACUGUACUUUUAUUUUAAAUUAAUGCAGUAAUGCAGUUUUUCUUACUUCUCUCUCUCUCUCUCUCUGCCAGAACGAGCUCUGACAUAUGCAAUAAAAUGUAAUGGCAUGUCAUGAACAGGUGCGUUUACUGGUGUUCUAAAAUCACAAUGGUGGGAAACAAUAAACAUGCACUCGAAUGCUAUAUGAUUUUGACAAAAUGAUCUUGCUUCUGACAGAAAACACGACAGAAGACGUCCACUGAUUGAUCGUCACUGAACUUUCCCCCAGCCAUUUCUGUCAAGUUUAGCGUACAUGUAAAGCAACAUCUGAUAUCUCACACAACUCACGAGAAAGGUGUGUGUGUGUUUCAGGUCCAUUUCUCUCAAUUUGUGAAACAUUCUCAGCAGUUUGGGUGUGUGACGCUAAAAUAUGGGACAAAUGGCAUCGCGUAUGGAUUUCAUAUGGAACCCAAUUUUUUCCCUUUAUUACGGGGACGUUUGGCAUAUUUUGUUAAUUAAUUUUACCUGAUACUGCUUCAGCGUGAAGGUGACUCUCUCUCCACUAACUGGCUUAAAUUCCCUCAGUCGAUGAUGGCGGUGACAGCAGUUGUCAGGGGCAGGGAAUGGUAAAAUUCAAGUGAUAAUGCACCAAUUACAACAAAGAAUCUCCAGUUUCACAAAACAGCAUCUAAUACAGUUAAAAGGAAACUAACACGACAAUAGAUUAUGGACUUCUGAAGCAGCAAAACAAGUGGGUAUGUGCAAAUAGUGAUCCUUAGAAGUCGUUAUACGCAAACAGCCCUGGGUAAAAGUAAGCAACCGGCGUAUACAUGCAUAUGGCCCUGACUACACCACUGGUUCUACCAUGGUGCAUGUAAAAAAAUAUAGUUGUACCAUAGUACUUAGAAGAAUAUCUCAGCUCUGUAGGGCCAUACAAUGCAAGUGAUUGGAUGCAAAAAUGUUGAAGCUCCAGAAAGCCUAUAAAGGCAGCAUAAAAGUAAUCUAUAGGACUCUGUUGGUUUAAUCAAUGUCUACUGGAGUGAUCUAAUCGGUUUUGGUGAAAACAGACUAAAAUGUAACUCAUUUUCACUAUAAAUCUUGACAUCAGCAGUCUCCUUGGCUUGAUUUCAAGCUCGAUUACACUUCCUAGCACCAUCUAGCACUCUAUGCAUGCAUCAAUCACUAGGAAGUGUAAUCAAACUUGAAAUCAGACUCCAUGACAAGAUGUACAGUGAAAUUUUUUUUUAUAUUUUGGUCUGUUCUCACCCAAAACCAAUUGUAUUGCUUUAGAAGACUUAGAUUUAACCACUGGAGACAUAGGGAUUACUUUGAAGCUCCAAAAAGCAUAUAAAGGCAGCAUAUAAGUUUUGGUCACCAUUCACUUGCAUUGUAUGGACCUACAGAGCUGAGAUAUUCUUCUAAAAAUCUUUGUUUGUGUUCUGCCGAGGAAAGAAAGUCAUACACAAACUAUUCCUUAAAGUGUCAUAUUUGAAAAUUAAACAAAACUAAGGUAAAAGAAAAUAUGACCUGGACUACAGUAAACAUUAAAAAUAAAUGUGUUGGGUUGCCAGUUAAAAUUUGGUUCCUGAAGCAAAGCGAGUUGAGAACCACUGUUUUUAAAGCAGGUAUUUCUUUCAUAAUCAUGUGAGCAUGCUGCUGUGGUCAUGUAUUCUGGUAUCAUGGGAACAGUAGUAUUCAUUUAUUUUUUUUGUCUAUAAAAAUUAGUAUUUUCCGUGCUGCUUUUUAAAAAGCAUUGUUCAACAUACAGUAAAUACCCCUUUUCGACUGUCAGGGUGCCGGAGCUGGUGCCCAAACUAGAACUAGAAAGUUGCUCUACACGUCAAACCCCCGAUGUAUGUAGCGAUGUGCAUUCACUUGGCGAUCCAAACAUUAAUUAUUGUUUAAAUAUGUUCUUAAAAUGGAAGAGUUAGACUCUAAAACAAAAGCCCACGAUGUGGUUAGUUUAUGGGCAGUUUAUGUAGUGACCGUUUAUGUAAGCCACAUCCACACUAAUACAUUUUUGGUUGAGAACUACGUUUUCAGUUUUCUUAACAUAUUUGUUUAUUUAUUUUUUUUCUAGAUUAUGCCCUACUAGAGGGCGUUUUAGAUUGUUUUCUUUACCGAAAAUGGAGACUAACACUUUUCUUCCAUGAAGGGGAGGCUUAAAGGAAUAUUCUUGGUUCAAUGCAAGUUAAGCUCAACCUAAAGCAUUUGUGGCAUAAUGUUGAUUACCACAAAAAAUGUAUUUUCUUUAAAAAAAUAAAAAUAAAAAAAAUAAAUCGAGGUUCCAGUGAGGCACUUACAAUGGAAGUGAAUGGGGGCCAAUUUUUUUUUAAUGUAAAAACACUCACUUUUUCAAAAGUAUAGUCACAAGACAUAAAGGAUAUAUGUGUAAAUGUAAAAAGAUACAAAAAAAAAACCUUUUUUGUGUAAAGUUAUAGCCAAUUUUACAACUUCGUUAGCAUGAUGAUGUAAUGUCAACAAACCCUAAAACGACUGUAAAAAUGAUGAUUUAAACUUUACAGCUCAAAUAAUACACAGAAGAAUUAAUGUAAGUACUUUUAUAAAAUAAUAAGCUUCACAUUUCUGUUUAAACCCUCCAAAAAUUGGCCACGUUGACUUUCAUUGUCCCCAUUCACUUCCAUUGUAAGUCCCUCACUGUAACCUCGAUUUUUGCUUUUUUUAAAGAAAAGGAGGAGCGAGUCGAAAUUAAUUAUUGUGGUAAUCAACAUUAUGCCACAAAUGCUGUAGAUUUAGCUUAACUUGUAUUGAACCCUUAACAUUCCUUUAAUCGAAGCAAAAUCAAAGUGUUUUUAAGCAAAAACGUAUUAGUGCGGACGUGGCUGUAGUCAGUUGCGUCCUCAAUAACUCAAGUCGGUGGAAACGUGGCCUGAUUCCUAGAGAGGUGUGAAGAUCUUUCAGCCGGGCACCGGCACCAGCACUGUGUUUUGAAAUGGGGAAGUCAGUAUCCUCAAAGCCAAUCAAUCGUUUAAAUUAAUCACCAUUGACUAGUCAUGGAUCACUCGCAUUCCUUCACCUAUUGUACAUCGUUAACUAUGUCAGUGUUCUGUGAUCAUGAUUUAUUUUAGGUCCUAAAGGAUGAAUGGGACACUAUGGAAGAAUUUUGAGUUUUAAGUCCUAAAACUGAAGUGUGUAACUACUGGGCCUCUAGUGACACCAAACUUACGAAACUAAUGACUGUUUUCCAGCAGGUUUCCCAAAAACUCCUCCUACCUCCCACUGAUUAGACAGAUAGUCCCGCCCAAAACUUAUGCUGUUGGUUGAACCAAUGUUGCUGUGGUGGGCUGGUUGGGAUGCUCAAACAAACAGAGCAAUGGUUUCAUAGCGCCACAGAGUCAGAGUUUACAUUUUGAGGAAAUCAACCUACAAAUAGCCUAUAGUUAUCUAUGCAUGUUUAGCUGGGAUAAGAUAGGGUAUUUAAACCCAUUAAAAUCACACACUUUAGAUUUAAACCUUCAAGAGAAGUUUUUUUUUUUUUUAAAGAACGUUGUAGAGGUAACAAGCACCUUUGGAAAUACUUUUUUAAAAUUCCAGCAUUAUUUUCCAGGAAAGUAUUGCAAUGGAAUUUGUAUUUCACUUGAAAGAAACUGCAAAAGUUAGUUAUUUAUCGGUUUCUAACUGAGUUCUACCAUCAGUUCGGGUGUUUUAUCUUAUCUAAUGCCCCAUGAUUGUAUUAGAACUCAAGUUUAGGAAAUGUACCUAAUUUAUUCAAACUUUUGUCAUCAUUUCUCAUUGAAUACCAGUCAUAUUUCCAAAUAUAUUUAAUGUACUUUCAGGCUCAUCAUGAAUACGGUUUGCUUAUAUUACUUUGUUUACACUUCAGAAAUAAGAUACAUAUGAGAUUUUGAAAUCUAUCAAAUCAAACUUAAAAACUAACUAUAACACUAUUUGAAACCAACAUGCACUUUGUCGAAUGAGUGGCACCAAACACUGGUAUUAUUGUUAUUAUGUUGUCUGGUUUUGUGCUUUUUUAUAAUUGCUUUUUGAGUUCAGAAUGAAAACAUACUUUCCACAGGUCUUUAGUAUUUUCUUUAAUCUUUCAGCCAAGCUGUUUGGCAGAUUAUUUAGCUGCUUUUGGUUUGAGUGUUUUUGAUGCUUUUUACAAUGGAGUGUUGGGCAGGUCGCUGCUACUGUCUGUUACAGCUGGAGAAGUGCUGCAGCUAAUUAGCCGUAGUCUCAUUUGCACUGCAGACAGGUUGCUGUGUUGUGUGGUUUACAUUUGAUGUCAAAACAAGGCAAAGAAGAAAAAAAAAAUGUAAACUGUAUUCUCUGCCUUUUCUGGAAUAUCUGAUUAUCCGCGGUACUAAUGAAUAACGUUGCCAUGUAUUUUAAAUAAACACGACAGACCAAAA